AUGACUCAAUCCUCUGUAUUGUAUGAAAGUUUUGAUUUUCAUCGUGAAUGUGGCAACACGGCCUGGCAUCGACUUUGCAUCUUGCUUGACCGCUUGAUGGCCGAUCUCCUGAGAAAUGGUCAUUUUCAUUUGGUCUCCAUUGCAAAUUCAUCAUCGGGCGUUCUCUCUGAGCCGUUGACUGGAAAGGUGGUUUCCAAACAAAAAGGAACCUUCCGUACUAACUGCAUUGAUUGUUUGGACCGGACAAAUGUGGUACAGUCUCUGCUAGCUUGGCGCUCAUUGGAAGCCUCGCUGAAGAAUAUUGGUCUCUUGUCUUCUUCCUCUUCUUCCACUAGCCAUGAAACGGUCGAAGAUUGUCCCAUGGUUUCGCUUUCAGCAACUGCGGACAACUGGGGAACACCGGAUGAUUCAGUGGCCUCUCGUGACAUCUGGCCUGGUUUUGGGCCCGUCUUUAGGGCAAUCUGGGCUGACAAUGCUGACGCCUGCUCCUUACAGUACACAGGCACUCUAGCCCUCAAGACUGACUUUACCAGGACGGGUACGACAAACAACCUUAUAGCUCUUAGAAGAUAUGAAUACAAAGAUGGUGUGGCCUUAUUAACCGUAUCAUCUCAUUACUUUUUCUCCAAAGGCAAGCGUACAUUUCUCGGAAUAUUAAUGGAUGGCUAUCACUCGGCCAUGCGCUACUACUAUAAUAAUUUUUCUGACGGCUUUCGUCAAGACGCCAUCGACCUAUUUCUUGGCCAUUGGCAACUUCACGAGCCUAACGGAUUUAUCAAUCCAGUGGAGCGGGCUCGUACCAGCCAGGGUGUUGGAUUCAGUGGUGACCGUGAUGUGGAUUGGAGAAAGCGUUUCCUCCCUGUCGUUUUCGGAUUUGCUUUCUCCAUGUCUAUGCUGUGCUUGCUCUUCCCUACACGUAUGCCUCCUCUCUUGAUCAUGCUUCUCAAGUUAAUCAUCUUUCUUUAG